GCGCGUGUGUUGCAUGUGUAUGAUGCCCUUCGCUAACUCAUUUACUUUUCAUUGAGUAUGAUACUUAGAACUUAAUUUGAUAUAGAUUCCCAUGGUUAAUUUCUUGAGGAUAUGUAUAAAAUAAUCUCUAAUUUUGAAAUUUUUGAAAUGCAAAGUUAACUUCCUUACUUUAGACUCUUUGAAUACCUCUGUUUAUUUGCGAAUUGUGACAGAAAUACUAUCUAUUUUGUUAUCUAGAACACCAUCAGUCAUGCGUGUCUUUACCCUUAUGCUAGUUCUCACAUUAACCCUGGGUUUCUUAACCACAGCAGAAUCUUAUGCAAUUCCGAAAAUUUUUAAAAACGUUCUCAUGUAUCAGAGACAAUGGGAUAAAAUCGGCCCUUUUAUGGAAAAACAGAUUCCACAGUAUGUGAAAGGUGCUGAGACAUUUUCUGGCUUAAAACAAUUGUACGGAAAUGCCUUGAAAACUUUUAGGACAGGAAUGAGCUAUGGUUGGCGGUUUAAAAACAUAGGUCUCGCUGAUGCUCUUAGAACGUUCGAUAUAGCAAAAAUUGAGCAAGCCGUUUUUAGAAAUUUGGAUAAAUUGUCUACGAAUGCAGUGUAUAGGUUAUCAGACAAAAUAGAUAAUGCGCUUAGAUACGGAGAGGUUACUAUAGAAAUGAUAGCAUACGAGAUGGGGGUAACAGCUCAAGUUGAAGGCGUAUCUUCAAUCUACACAGCAAUAAUAGGAAUUUCAGAAGAAGAAGCAGUAUCAGUACUCGCAGCAUUUGUAUUCGCGGAAUGA